GACAGAGAAAAAAAAAUUAAUUCUGUUUCCUUUAUCUAAUGAUUUUUUAUUUUCUCUGUUAUGUAAUUGUCAUCGGCGUUGCGGUGUGACGAUUCUUCUAUAACGAAAGGAAGAAACAUUUAUUAUACAUUCUCUCUGUUAAUUUUGAAUGAACACAUUCGAGUGUUAUAUAUGCACGUGUAUAUAUUUGUUGUGAAAAUUCUAAAAAAGAAAUCCGCAACGUUGUUACAAUUGUAGAUCAUCACUUGUUUCUUUUUGAAAAAUAAAAAUUAUUUAAAAAAAAAUCAGUUUGAUUGGCCAGUCUCGGAAAUAAUGUACUAAUUAAUUUUGGAGACGAAGAACGCAAUGUCAAAGUGAGAUUUUUCCUUGGCGACGACGCCAUGCGACGGUAGGAUUAUUUUGUGCGGAGAGUUGCGGAGGAUGCGCGCAAGGGUGUGAUGCAGCGUGUAUAGGCGAGCUCUCUCUUGGCAAUUUCGCGUGUCGCGAUCGGGCUCUCGAUAUCGAUUCCAGAAGGGCACCGGAGCCGCGCACUCCCGUCGUCCUUCGGUCAGCAAAAUGGCCGCUUGUCGACAAUGUUGUCAUCGUCGUCGUGUUCAUCGUCAAUGCGCGCGAAAUCGAUGAAAGCCAGAAUCGAUCGAUUCGGAUCAGGUCAGAGCCGGCGAUCGUAGUCUCGUUAGCUAUGCGAUUAAUCGUGUGGUCCAAAAAGGAUGUGGAUCGCGUCGGGAUAAAGCUGUUGCUAUAGUAAGAUCGAAGAACAUCACUAUCCUGCCCAGGGUGAAAAAAAUAUCUCUGUUAAGAGUUGGACAUGAAUCGGAUAUUCGAAUGGUCAUUAUUGGAAUUGUUAAUCAUCCUUUUAAGAUGCGGUGUCACAAAAUCAAACGAGCCAAACUUAAAAGUCGUCGCUCCCACAUCUCACGUAGCUUUAUCCGGCAACGUAACUGUUUUUAUUCUGCGUACAUCGGACAUGGAGUUUUCUACGGUAUCCACAAUUAUUACAUCCAAUAGCAGUACAAAUGACAUCAGAAAAGAUGAGAGAGAUAAAAUCGAUUCCGAGAAGGAAGGAAGUAGCAGAUGUAACAAAUCAUUUGCGCUUACAGUACUAUAUAUUGAUGGCCUUACGUCAGAAUUUAUCGGUAAUUUUCCUCUGGAUACUCUGCCUUCAAAAGAUGAGAACACUUCUGUGAUAAUACCCUGUGGUGUCUUCUCACGUGGCGGAGUUUAUACACUACAAAUUAAAUCCUCAACCGAGGCUGCCAAACACAACACUGCCAUUACUGGGCUGUCCGAGAUUGAGAUGAGCAGUGCCUUAGAUGUAAAGUGGCCAAUUCCUUCUUUGCUUCUGGAAUCCCAUCAUUUUGGUACAUAUCCUACUCAACCAGUGGUAGUCAUCAUAAAGUACAAUGAAGUUUUAUGCGUACCUGUUGACGGCGUGCCAGUAGCGGCUUACAAUUUAAAACUCAUAUAUUGUGGCACCACUGACACUGCCUGCGAUCCACAAAACAACGACCGCACGCAAGUGCUUUUCUAUAAGGAAAUAACAGGUUUUACUUCGCCAAGAGUCAUUAAAUUAGAUUGUGAUCUCUUUGGACUUGCGGGAAACUAUGCGCUUAGAUUAAAAGCCUCGAACUCCAAUCCUUCCGCGCCAACUAUCAGCGCGUACAUUAAAGUAGAAUGGUCCAGUGAGUACAGCUUCAACGUUCACGCAAAAUCGAUUUAUCCUUGCGAGGGAUCGACCGGCAUAUCGGUCCUCUUUCAAUAUCCCGCGUGUCGUCUCGACGGUGAUCGCGUGCGCGUUUACGGUCGUCUCCAAGCGGACGUGAGUUCCCUGGCGCCACCGACCGCGUUGCACUACGUCGCGGAAUUGACAGCGACGCUGGGCAAACAUUCGUUGAACUUCGACUGCGACAUCUUCACCGAGAAGUUCAUCGAGUACUGCUUCAUUUAUGUGAGCCAGGCGUUUACUGGCGCGAUGGCGGAAGUAAAGCUUGCGUGCAUACCUACUUUUCCAUUAUUGGAAAACAAUACAGCUGGUUGGGGUCCUUGGAGCGAAUGGAGUCCUUGCAGCAGCUCCUGUAUAGGUGGAACUCGCACUCGAUAUCGAUUUUGCGAUACACCGCCUCCAAAAUACGGGGGAAAAUUUUGCCAGGGAAAAGCGGUCGAAACUGAGUCGUGUGGCGGUGCCGACGGGAUUGACUUUCAAAAGGAGUGGAACGCCGAGGGUUGGGAGUGUCGUCACGGAACGAUAUUGGCAGCUGCUAGACCGGAAAUCAAGGCGCAUAUUGGCGAGCACUGCCGAUGCGGUUGCAGUAUCUAUUUUCAAGACGAAACCUUAAACAGACUUCUGGCGGCGAGCACACAAGCCUGUCCCGGUCGUUCCUUCUGGUUCUUGCAUGCGCAAUCAAAUUACACGAUACAGUUACGCUUGGAUCAAGCCCAGUUUCCUUGUCCGGGACAAUAUUUACGCGCACGUGACGGAGAUUCGAUGAACGCGGAACUUUUAAUGGAUAUCGGAUAUAACAAAGGUGAAACCUCUACGAGAACCAUAGUUUCGUCGGGUCAAAGUUUGCUCCUGGAGUUUAUCAGCGACGAAUUAAGUGCCGCCGAUGAAAUUUGCGCGGGUGGUUUUCUAGGACAUGCGAGCAUGUUUCACAAAAUGUACGAGAGGAGCAAGACGUCAUCUCCUUUGGAAAUAAAUUCCACCACAUCUAUUGAGCAAUGGAUUUCCUGGGAACCGGGCUUUCUGGCGACAGCAUCUAUUUUGAUACUCGUAUUGUUCAUAUUUAUCUUUCUAGCAAUACUGCAAUGCGCACUAGGAUACAGAAAAUAUCAUCGCGCAGAAGAUUUAGACAGCUUAACCGAACCUUCCGAAUGCAGUGGCGCGCAACAUAUGAUGGAACGAAUGAAAGCUGUGUCUUCUACGACACUAAUUUCGGAAGUUGCAUCACUAAUGGGAAAGUGUACACCGAGAUUGUUAAAACGCAAGCGGGCACCCUGCGCAAUGGAGGACGGCUACGAUAGCUCGGAAACUUUGGCGGAAUACGAAGACGAAACCAGUUUGAGUUUAAGCACGUUAAAGCAGAAAGAUAACGAAGAAACUUUAGAACAAAGCGCAACACCGUCGGACAAACCGCACAUUGAGGCAACGUCGAAAACAAUAUUGGCUAUUAUUCCAGAUAAUCAACCGGAAGUAAAAUACGCCCGACCAGUCAAAUUACGCACUUUAGGAUCGGAUAGCACAGCAGAGGACAAACUGACGUCGAAUGAUACGAGAUAUACAGCGAGCAGCAGCAUCGACAGCUCGCAUAUUGCCAGACUUCAUCGUCCCACAUCGAAUCUCUCGCAGACUAAGAAGGAAUCGUCGACGAACAGUCCACUGUCGGGUACUUCGACGCUGAGCAGAGGCAAGGAGACGAAAGAACGUCGAAAUCGCGAACGACUGCUGCAAGGUCCGGGCUCGGAAUUCAGUUUGACAAAUCCGGAGACGGAUAUGGAACUGGAUUAUUACGACUACAACGUCGUGAACGCCGGAGCCGCGCCAGGCUCGUAUUUAGGUAUGGAUCCAACUUUUCUCUUAUGGAUUCCGCCCUUGUCGAUGUCCGAGGAUUCUGAAGAUCCGUCUGCGGCUCGUCCGGUAUGCUCGGAUUAUUUUCAAAGCGCAAGAACGACGAGUCCGACGUUAUCACGGCUGCCGGAGGGCACCGAGGGCGUAACUUUAACCCCGGCCGAGUAUCGCCGAAUGCGACACCAAGUCGCGACCAAUGUCAAAGAAGCCUGCAGACUGAGCUUCGAACAGAAACGCCAGGACUCGACGUCCUCGUCGUCGUCGAAGAACGACUCUUCGUCGGGCGGUAGCGUUCUCUCCGAGGAUAGCCUCGGUAGCGAGAGCAGAACUGCCAGGCUGAAUGAACGUCUGUUGCCGAUUCAUCGAAUUCUAGAAGACUCCAGAAUCCGCGUAAGCGAAGAAUCCCUGUGCAGUCAGCUUACGGCCGACAGAACGGUACAAAUUCACGGUACUAAAUCCGAUCUUUCUCAGGAUACCUCCAAGAGCAGUCAGCAGAACAGCGACGUAAAUAUCAACAAGCCCGAUCCGAAAUCGGAGUUCAUAGCGGAGAAAUCGAGACAAACCUCGAAGAGACAUCUCGAGGAUGUUGGCAAUUGCGCUACUUCGAGUUUUCAUGUAAAUAAAAGAACAACCGAUUCUCACGAGGACAAGAAACAUCAUUGCUUCGCAAACGAGACCACAUCCAAGUCCUCCGGUAAGUCGACGAGAGGUGGAUACACGGGUGGCAAAGAUAAGGAUUCUCAAAAUGCAAAAGACGACUCCAAAAAUCUUAACACGACGAGCGGCCAGUGUAAAUCUCGCGACUUCAAUCAAUUUACGCCGUCUCGUGAGACUACGAAGCUGUCGGACUGCACCAAUAUUCCGAUGAUCGAACUCUCGGGACCGCGAUUGAGUUUGUCGAUGACGUCUCGAAGACUGGCAACAGAUGCUCUAAAUAUUAAUCUGCAAAAAGAGAUACAGAGUCCGGAUUACGGUGUCGAGAGCGACAUGAAUGCGGAACCGCACGAGUCCUUUUACAAUUUGCUUCAUGAAAACGAAGACGGCAUUAAAUUUGCAGAUGACGACGACGAAUAUAUUGAUAACAGAGUAAAUCUGUUCAAUCAGAGCUCAUGUUUUGUACCGAUCGCAAUGAGGUUACUAUCAGUUUUUGGGGUUUUUAUUCUGUGGCAGGUUCAAUCUGGUGUUUCUAUUACGCAAUAUCCAAAUUCGGAUGUUGCAACAAGAGCAUGCAAAAAUGUGGAAAGUUCGUCGUCCGUAUAUCGUCUUAGAAAACAAAUUUUUUGUAACUAUGAUAAUACCGUACUUCCAACUCAUCCUAAAACGGAUAUUUUCUUCAUCAAUCUGAAACUAGUACCGAAGAUGAUGGAAUUUACCAGAGACAUUGGUAUAUUAUCAUUACACAGCUGGAUAUCAAUUGUUUGGAAAGAUCCAAGUCUUACUUGGAUACCGAGCGAAUACGAAGACAUUACAGAAAUUCAUGUGAAAAGCUGGGAGAUCUGGAGACCUAAUCUGUGUGUCUUCAAUUCUGGCGACAUGUCGAAUUACUGUAAUUUACAGUUGUCAGACUGCUUGCUGUACAGUAAAGGCACCGUUGCUUGUGUGUCGGCCGAAAAAUUUACAUCCAUAUGUAAUGCCGAUAACACUUACUGGCCGUACGAAAUACACCAAUGUAAUAUCACGUUUGGUUUCUGGGGACACAAAGCAGAAGAAGUGAAUUUUAGAAUAAACAAAGACGGAAUUGACAUGACCAAUUUUAACAAUGAUACACAAUGGGACUUUAAGUUUGUACACUCGGUGAGCGAAAUUAAACAACUUAAAUGUUGUCCGAACAAAUCUUAUCCUACGAUCACUUACAAUUUCCUUUUAACACGGCAUUACGACAUAAACCACAUAUCUCACGUUAUACCGACGAUUGUUUUGAUGUUGUUCACUAUACUAGUGCUGUGGUUAGAUCCGAACUCGAUUGAACGAAUGUUGGUAGCAAGUGUGAAUUUUAUUGGCCAUUUAAUUUGGAUAUUUCAUUUGUUCUGGAACUUGCCAUUCAACGGCACUAAUCCUCCUAACUUAAUACUAUACUACGGCGAAUCUAUGGCGUUGGCUACUUACGCGAUAAUUUUGACGGCGUUGUUACGAAAAUUGCAAGAUACAAACACAAAAAUGCCGAAUUGGAUCUCAUCCACGACGUCGUUCGUCUUGAGCAACAAAGCUGGUCGUUUUCUGAUCUCGAAUGACAAAGAUUUCGAAAUGACGGAUGAAGAUGCAACGAAUGAAGGGAUCUCGGAACUUCCAAAAUCCAAAGAGAUGAAAAUAAAAGAAUUGUCUUGGAGACAUUUCGCCUCUAUUGUCAGCUGGCUGUCUCUCUUUUGCGUAGUGUUUGUUUACAUAAUCAUUUUUAUCAUUUUCACGCCUGUACGAUUUAAUUUAUAGCAAAGAAAUGCAAAGCAGAAGAUAUUGCAGAAACAUAAUAAAAAUAUUUCAAUAUUGCGACAUUUCUAAGGAAAAUAUCUACUAAAUAAGGGAAAAUCACAUUUUCUUGCAAUUUUAUGUGAAAAUUUGUAUAUAUAUUGAUAAAUUUUAUAUAAAACAUGAAAAUACAUAAAACUGAAAAAAUUACGUCUUUUGCAAUUAAAUAUAGUUCUUACAAAGUUUAAUUAUCAAAUUACUUAGAUUUAGACGUCUUCGACAUUUGUAGGUGACGUCAGAGAAGCAAAAAUGAUCAAAAGUAAGAUGUAAAAAUAUACAUUUUGUUUAAAUAUUAAAACUAUGUAGAAAUAUACACGUUACACGUUUAGAAAAAAAAAAAAAAAAAAAAAGAAAGAAAUCGAAAUCUUAGCAAAUUACUAACAUACAGGUGUGAAUGAUGAUGAAAAAGGAGCCGUGGAGUCCCCAAAACGUAACAAUACAAUAUAAUACAAUAUUAUACAAUAUAAUAUAUAUAAAUAGUUACAUACACAAUCCUACCUACCUACCUACCUAUCUUUCACAUAUCUUAAACGUUACUAGCGUUAUUAGGAUUAAGGCUGCAUAACAGCCUUGAUCCUAAUUUGACAUUUCUUCCUACUUAUUCGUUUUACCAUAUUUUCUACCUACUCGGCCUAAUAUAUUUUCUACAAGCGCUUGUAGAUACGCAUCCCUACCUAAUUACCUACCUACUUUGAAAAGUUUUCAAAUCUAUCAAAUAUUUUACGCGAGGGACAGUUGUUUUAAAAUUAAAAAGUAUUAUUUUUAAUUUAUUUUAUCUUUUGCGACCGAGUUUUGAUAUUUUAUGAUUUAAAGAGAGUAUAUACCCACCCGAUAAAAGCGUA